AUGUCAGCCCCUGCUCCUAAGGAUAUCUCAGUUCUUAGCCCAGAAGCUAUUGCCUAUACCAAUGGUCCGGUACUUCUUGCACGAACCGGCCCAAUUUAUGCAGUGGCACUGUUGACAGUGCUACUUCGAAGCUACUCUCGAUGGUUCAUCGUCAAGUCCUUUGGCAAGGACCACUCGACCAUGAUGGCCUUUGCCACUGUAUGCUUCGCAUCCUACGCAUACCAAGUAUCACUAGGCGUUGGCAAGUACGUUCCUGUGGUACAGGUCGACGAGGAGAAAUAUCGACAGAUCCCCAAGGCUCGAUAG